CAAUGCCCCAUAGCAACAUCAGUACCAGCGGAGGAGCGCUGUAGCGGACGACCUAGGUUAAAUAUCCUGAGAAUAUCUUUAACAGGUGCUGCAUGCGGACAGCAUGGACGACCAGAAGGAGUCACUGAGGAAGAUUAUCACUACGUUGGCUCUGAAGAAUGAGGAAAUUCAGAAUUUCAUCUGCUGUCUAAAGCAGAGUCUAGAGAACCUAGAGGUGAAUUCAAACCGAGUGCAGGAGGAUCUGGAGUCAGAGUUUAGUUCUCUGCAUGCUGUCCUGGAUGAACUGAAAGAGGGCAUGGUCACACAAAUCAAACGGGAAAGAGCCAGUCGCACAUAUGAGCUACAGAGUCAGCUGAGUGCAUGCACCAAAGCCCUAGAGAGCUCAGAGGAGCUGCUGGAAUUAGCCAAUCAGACGCUCUGCUCAUCUGAGAAUGACAGCUUCACUCAGGCCGCCAAAGAGAUAAAGGAUAGUGUGACUAUGGCUCCAGCAUUUCGUCUGUCUCUGAAAGCAAAGGCCAGUGACAGUAUGAAUCACAUGAUGGUGGACUUCACUCAGGAAAGAAAUAUGCUACAGGCCAUCACAUUUCUUCCAGUGCCUGCUACACCUGAAAUUCACGUGGCUGAAAGCCUGGUAUUUGAUAACACAGUCACAGUGGUGUGGACCUUACCUGAACCCGACUCCAAAAUCGACCACUACAUCCUGGAAUAUCGGAGAACAAAUCAUGAAGGUCCUCCUCGGGCUCGAGAAGACUACCCCUGGAUGGUGAUGGAAGGGAUAAAAGAGACUGAGUACACUCUCACGGGCCUUCGUUUUGACACGCGUUACAUGACCUUCAGAGUGAAGGCAUGCAAUAAAGCUGUGGCGGGUGAAUUCUCAGAGCUGGUUACUCUAGAAACACAUGCAUUCGUCUUUAAACUGGACGCAGGUUCAGCCCAUCAGAACCUGAAGGUGGAGGAUCUCAGCGUGGAAUGGGACAGCAGCGGUGGGAAGGUAGCCGUCCAGGACAUCCGUAAGGAGAAGAACAGGACCAGCUCUCCUAUGCAUUCUCCUGCCAGGACAGCCAUGAUGUCCCCCAAAAGAGCUCCAUCUGCUAGAGUGGGCCGGGACCGCUUCACAGCAGAGUCCUACACUGUCUUAGGAGACACCAUGAUCGAUGCAGGGCAGCAUUACUGGGAGGUACGGUUUGAUAAGGAGAGUAAGGUGUUUGCGGCAGGAGUCGCUUUGCGGUCUCUAAGUCGCUUUGAUCAGCUGGGGAAGAGUAACGCUUCCUGGUGCAUCCACCUUAACAACUGGCUUCAGCAGAGCCUCACAGCCAAGCACAAUAAUAAAGCCAGAACACUGGACUGCCCCUUUCCCGACCGCAUCGGCAUUUACUGCAACUACGAAGAAGGCACAUUGUCUUUUUACAACUCUAGAACCAAAACUCUCCUUCAUACCUUCAGAACCAAGUUCCAGCAGCCUGUUAUACCAGCCUUUAUGGUGUGGAAUGGGAGUUUCUCAGUGCAGACGGGCCUUCAGGUACCCAGCAUCGUGCUGAGCGGUCAGAAGCGAAACAGUAAUACAAGCAGCUCUAAUGCCAGCCUUACUUAAAUCAUACUUCACUCUAGAACUGCUACACGUACACACAGGUUUGGAGAACAUCUGGCAACCCUGACAUAACACUGGCACAACAGAGCCUGGAGGCUCUUUCUAUCAUCAGUAUGUCUUCCCAGCCCAGGGGGAGAGCUGCUCUAGUUUGCUUUCCUCAUUCCUUUUAGCUCACUGAUCUGGAUCCUGUGCCUUUCAGUGUCCUGAAUUGAGACAUGAUGUGGUAUUACUCUAUUUCAACAUGCUAAAAGCUUUAAUAGCCUUGAGUUCAUGUGCAUAUCACUAGGGCCAAAAGUUGUGUUAUGUUUUUUUGUAGCAUUUGUUCAUUCAAAUCACAGUAUUUGAGCCACAUUUGAAGUUAUUUCAGUGCAACAGCAGCAUGUUGGUGUUAUUGUUUGAAGUCUCAAACGAAACUGUAUUGUUUACACACUGAAUGUCUUUAAUUAUAUGCCUCGAAUUCUGCUACAGUAGCUGCUUCCGUAAACAUUUUAAAUGUAUAGUAUCAGAAUAGCACAAUAAUCUUAAGCUUAAUCAUAGAAAUCAAAUGCCUUUUAUAGAAUGUAUUAAUUCCGCAGUUCCAGCAUCUGAGGAGGAAGGAGGCAGGUUUAACAAACCAUUUGGUUGUGCAGUCAGUGGUGUGUGUGUGUAUGUCCAUGUUCAUAAACUGUCACCCAGAAAGGUACUUUUCAGUGUUCUUGAUGCAAAUAUUUACCAAACAUCACUUUUUUUGUAUGCUAGCUGCAAUUACAGAUUACAGAAGACAGUGAUUUUUUUUUUGCCACAUUGCUGAGGGAUA